GAAUCGUUCAUCGAUCUCAUCAAUCGCGAUUUGAUUUUUUCUCGCCGACUCCAAAAUUCAAGAAUUGAGAAUGGACAAGUCUUGGAUUACAAAACAUCGUAUAUCUCAAGACUACAUAAAUGGAGUCAAAGAGUUUUUGGAUUUUGCUUUUGGUUAUAGUAAGACAGAUAUGAUCAAAUGUCCUUGUCAGCGUUGUUUUCUUGUUAAACACAAGAAUAGGACUGAGAUUGAGGGUGAUUUAGUCUGUCACGGUUUUCUGCCUACGUAUACAAAUUGGUAUCUCCAUGGUGAAGAACUGGAUUUUCAAGAGCAAGAAGUGAGACUAGAACAUGAAUCUGAUGAUGAUCAUGUUGAAAACCCGACUAUGAAUCUGCUUGGAGAUGUUUUUCCAAGUAUGAGUAAUAGUUUUAACGAUGAUGCUGCUAGUAUGCCUACUAUGGAGGAUCAUUCAAAGCAAAAUGAGGUGUUUGAUUGGAGUGUUGUUGUUCACGUCCAACCAAGAGACUUGUAUGAUAUGGAAGAUCCUACUAGUUCAGAUGAAAUUCCUCCUCAAGUCGUCAUUGAAGAUCCUCCUAUUCAAAGUUCAAUGAUUAUAUCUGAUAAUGUUUCUGAUAUUAGAUUAGUGAGGCAAAUAGAAGAUCUUGAAAGUUCUCAGAUUCCAUCUGAUUUAUAUGAUAAUAUGGAGAAAAAGUUCUGGUUUGAUAAUCCAAGGAGGAGGAAGAAAUAUGUUUUAUCUGCAUUAGGAGUCAGAUGCAGAGACUUGAAACAACGCAUUUGGAUGAAGUACAGAAGAAAUACUAUAGAGGAAGCAUUUGAAGCAAGACCAGGACUAAUUCCUGAAGAUCAAUGGAAAGAAUUUGUGGAAAUGCAGUUCACUGAUAAGGCUAAGAGAGUGAGAGAGCGUAAUAUUAAUAGUCGAAACAAUCAUAAAAUGCCACAUACACUUGGAAAAAAGAGUUUAGCAAGAAAAGCUAAUGAGAUGGAAGAGGAGACAGGCAAAGAACCAAAUCGAGCUGAACUUUUUAUUGCAUCAAGGACUAGAUCAGAUGGAAGUUUAUUGAGCAACGAAGCAAGAAUCACUGUGGAUAAGCUUUCCCAAGUAAUGACUGAGAAUAUACAAGAUGAAGCAUCCAAUACUGAGUCUAGACCAUAUGAUGCAUUUGAACAAGUGUUUGGUUCUGAGCCUACAAGUCGAGUUCGAUGUGUUGGACGUGGAGUAACACCGUCCAAGUAUCUUUUGGAUCAGGAAUCUGUGAUGUCGUCUAAUGCUGAGAUUUUGGAGCUAAAGACCCGUUUGAAAGGACUUGAAGAUAAGCUAGAAAUCGUGACAGAUGCUCUUUUUGUUCUUGUUAAAUCGAAAACUGAAGGAAGAUACUGAAGUAAGGUAGUGUAUAAAGCUAAGUUGUAGAU